UUUCUUUCUUGUCUCUCUCAAUCUCUUCCUCUUCUCGCCGCAAAAACAGAAAAACCAUCACUAGGUUUCUUUCUAUUUUUCAAAAGAUGGCGCUUAGAGGAGUAUGGCAGCUAAAGAAACUGGUAGUGAGCUACUGUAAUUGGGGAGGUAGCAGUAGAGGCAUAAGAGCCUUUAUGGAAUCAGAACUGCCCGCACUGAUAGAGAAAAACCCGCAGCUUGAAGUGGUUACAGAGCUCUCAAGGGGACAACAUCCGUAUUUGAAAGGCGAAUACAGGAACAGAAAUGAAAGGGUGGUGUGUGUGAAGAACAUGGAUACUGAAGAAGUGCUUCUGUGUGCAACAAGGCUGAGGAACUCGCUGGGAAGGAAAGUGGUGAAACUGAGGACUAGACAUGUGACCAAAUACCCUAGUGUUCAAGGCACCUGGACCACCGCAGUCAAGUUCUGAGACUUUCUUUCUAAAUUGUUUGUGGUCGGGGAUUCGAAUCAGAAGAUGAUGCCAGAAUCAGGAUUCAUCAUUUAAUGAAAUAUUUGCAAGCCCAAGGGUUGUUUGUACUGUGAUUUGGACAAAUAUUCAGGCUUCAAAUGUUCUGCAGUUUUAUGCCUCUUGUCCAUAUGAUAAUGAUUAUGGUCGAACUCAUUUAGCUGAUCUGUUCGAUUCCAUAUUUUGGAAUCAUCUAGUAUUAUUUACCUAUAUAGAGACUUAUGAGGAACCCCGCAAACUUUUAAUUUAUUUGUAAGCUGUUAAUAGCUGUCCUAACAGUAGUUAUGACUGUACACUUUAAUGUGUAAAAAGACAGACAAAAUUGAUGGUAGAAGAACUGAAAGGACUGAG